AUGAUGGUGACAAGUGGAUCCGUCACACUCAAAAAGGAUCCUCAGAAUCUCGUCGGUAUCAGUAUCGGUGGCGGCGCUCCCUAUUGCCCUUGUUUAUAUGUUGUACAAGUAUUUGAUAAUACACCUGCGUCUCAAGAUGGUACCAUUCAGUCCGGUGAUGAGAUAACUGGUAUUGGAGGUGUUAGGGUAAAAGGGAAAGGAAAAGUUGAAGUUGCUAGACUUAUUCAGAGUUUUCCUGAUACAGUCACCAUAUAUUUUAACAAACUACAUGCUGAUCCUAAACAAGGAAAAACCCUAGAUAUAAUUAUGAAGAAAAUCAAGCAUAAAAUUGUUGAAAAUAUGGAAACGAGUACAGCGGAUGCGCUGGGACUGAGUCGUGCAAUUCUCGUUAAUGACAGUUUGGUGAAAAAGAUGGACGAAUUGAAUCGCACCGCUUCUAUGUUUAACGGGUUAGUACAGCACACACGAUCUCUGGUUAGAGGUAUUUUCCAGCUUUCAAAGAUUCAUCGGAAUUUCGGCGAAAUUAUGGCCCAGAUUGGAGUCAAAGAGCCUCAAAUUCGUGCCGGACAAGCCUUCACGCAUUUUGGAGAGGCUCAUCGAAAUUUGGAGAAGUUUGCCAUCGAUACCCUUAAACAACUCCGACCGAUUGUUUCCGACUUGAAUACCUUCCUUACUAAAGCCAUUCCCGAUACCAAAUUGACAGUUAAACGCUAUCUCGACGUGAAAUUCGAAUACCUCUCCUAUUGCCUGAAGGUCAAGGAGAUGGAUGAUGAGGAGUACACGUUCAAUGCGCUUCAGGAGCCUCUUUAUCGUGUUGAGACGGGCAACUAUGAGUAUCGCCUGGUUUUGCGUUGUCGUCAAGAUGCCAGAGCUCGCUUUGCCAAACUCCGAAAUGAUGUCCUCGUGAAACUAGAGCUGCUUGAUAACAAACAUGUUCAAGACACAGUUAUACAGUUGCAGCGCUUUGUUUCCGCUAUGGCAACUUACCACGAAAACUGCUUCGAAGUAAUGAAAGGAGCCACCAUCUUUCCGCUAGAAAUGGAUCUUUCAAGGGAUGCUUUCGCUUACAAAUCAGAUAUCAUCAAUACUGGAGAAUCGGAUGAUGAAGCUCCUGAGAUAAUUACAACUGAUAACAAUGCAAGUAGUGAUGUCCCUCCUUUGGCUGAUCUCACAUCUUUAGAUUCAGUAAAUCUAAUUGAUAAUGGUCUGGCCAGCAAUGUUGAAUCUCUGUUGGAUCUCGGUGAUAGCACCACGCAGAAAAAUAAUUCAGUACAAGAGCAAUCGCAGAAAGAUGUCUUUGAUUGGUUGAACUAG